UGCUCCGGGCGCUGGCUAUUGGGUUGGGUGGUAUUGCGGGGUUGAUGGCUGCGUUGGCGUAGGACUACUACAAAAGCUUGGUCGUCUGUUCUUAAAUUGGGAGUAAUCAGUAAUCACGCCAAGCACUUCGACAUGCCGAAAGUGUCCGCCCUGCGCCUUAUCCCACGAAUCACGUUACAUGUCUCUUCUAAUCACGACAUCAAUUGUACAGCUGACGUGAGAUAGCCUACUGCCACUUCUGUAGGGAAGUCGAAGCAGCCAGGGUGAUUGUGUAGCGGAGUAGGAGUUUCAGCUUGCUUCCGGCCCAUCUUCUAAUCCAGUAGUCAUAUAUAACCUCACUCCGUGCCCAAGUCAUACCCUGAUCAAGUCCAUUGAUACCACUGGUACCACAAUAUGCAUCGCAUCUUUCUACUCCCAGAAUUGCUCAUGGAAAUCAUCUCCUUCCUGCCACCCACAGACCUUCGUACCUGCGCCUCAGUCUCGAGACACUGGAAAGAAACACUCCGGCUCAACCUCCAUCCUCGCAACUUUCCUCUACCAGACACUGUGUGUAAUGAUCCCAGUACUCCAAGACCACACAUACUCAAGAAGUUACCUCAAUCCAUCUCAUCUCUCGCCCAAGAUAUCGUCCAUCGAACAACGCUGUGGCAGAAUGCAGGGGUCGUUUUAGAUAUCUCAGACGACUACUACUUCUGGCACGAAGGUGCUUACAGUAACCUUCUCUCUGCACUGAGCCAAUACUUGCAUCCUUGGCUGGGAAAGCAUGUGUGCGAGUUUGUUGGUGGUUUGGAAGAGAUAGCGAGGGGAGACAUGGGAAUUUGUGUCAGGACGAAGUUAGGUGCGGAAGAGUUGGAUGAGUGGUUUAGGGAGGGUGAAAGGGAAGUGAGCAGGGAGAGAAGUGUGAUAGAUGCGUACCUGUCAAAGCCUGUAACGCGGAGUGUAGAGGUUUAUUGUGUGGAAGGGGCGGCGUGGGAUCAAGAGUACGUCAAUGUACUACAAAGAGGAGCAAGGAGAGAAUGGCAGCAGCGCUGUGUAAAGAUCGAACGAAGAAACGGGAUUCGAUUAGGAGAUGUGGUCGAUGAGUUGAGGGGCAUGUUGAAACCUAAUGAGGCGGUGACGGAGUUUGGGGGGGAUGUGCAAAAAGAGGUGCUGCUGGAAUGGAGAUUCGAUGAUGCAGCAAUAAGAAUGAUGUGUUUUGAGUGGUUGGACAGCACGGGAUAAGGGCCGUACUACUAGGGGAGAACGAAAUGCCGUGAGAAAGCGCUGGACGCUCUAAGGUAAUGUCAAUAGGAGUCUGGGUA